AUGAAUGUGCUAGCAGCAAGUGCAAUAUCAUGUGAUCAUACCUUUAAAAGCGCUUGCAACAUCGGAUACAAAAGGGCUGAGGACGGCAAAUGGAUAAAACAGUAUAACUCUAUAUUUUGUGUCAUUAACAAGCCUGGUGAAAUUAUCAGCUGGCAAUUUACGAAAUCAGAAGGUUUCAGUGAAGUAAAAGAUUUAUUUUUGGAUAUUAAAAAGUGCUUUGACCCAAACAGUCCAAAAAAUAUCUGUAUAGAUAACUGCUGCAAGUGGAGAUCUCUUUUGGAAGAUAUUUUCCCAAAAGCUACGAUUAAACAAGAUUUGUUCCACGCUGUCCAAAGGUUCGUAAAAACAUUGAAAAAGAAGGAUUCUGUUCAGCGUGAUAUUGCAUCGGACUUCGGAAAGAUAUUCCGUCAUCCCCAGGACUUAGGAGACAUUCAGAAAAUGCCCACACCAUGCAAGGAUAUUUUGUUGUCAAAUUUACAACAUUUUAUGAAAAAAUGGGAGAAGAAGCAGUCUAACGGUGUAACAGAUCUUAACAGUGAUCGCCUAAAUGCCAUUUCUAGAAUCCGUAGCCAUAUUCUUAAGGACUGUCUUGGCAACAUACCGGCACAAUUUUCAACUUCUGUUAAUGAACGCCUGCACAAAGAAAUGAAGAAGUUGCUCUCUAAGAAUCAAAUGGGAACACAGCUCGCUUACGCUAAAUUCACAUGUCACUUUUUUAAACAUAAUCAGCAACGUGGGAAUCACGACUCAAUUUAUUCCCUAUGUGCAAAGGAACAUAAGGAAACGUUUGAAAAAUGCAGCACUGUCAGCAGUGAAUUAGGUGCACACAAUGCCCACUUUGGUAUCAGGUCAGAAGAACGAGAGAGUUCAGCGUUGCCUCCAGGGUCUUAGCUAGAGGGCCGUGUUAGCCGUGUUAUCGCGGCCAAAAGUGGAAAAACACGCCUAGAUAAAAUGAACGCGGCUUCACUAUUUAUAUAAGGCCGUGUAGGUUCAUAAAAUAAGGUGGUGCUACUUACAACAGACAGAAUUUCUUCCUAUUUACGUCGUAAGAAACUUUGUAAAAUCUACUGUUGUUGUUGAAUUGGCAAAAGUGAUUCGUGAUGUCUUAAUAUUUUGAUGGAUAAUGGGAACUCUAUGGUGUUAAAAUGGUUUAAAGUACCCCCAAGAGUUGCUGAAAUAACUUACUAUUUUAAUGUUGGUGCGCAAUAUGAGUGUAUGCUCGCCUUGUAAUUGGUUACAAAGCAUAGAACAACCACAGGCAUUAUUGUUGGCGAGCAUAACUAGAACCGUGAUUUUGCUAUUCAAGGUAAUUGACAUGUGCACGCCCUGGUCAUUGGAAACACGCCCAAGAUCUAAAAUCCUAGCUAAGACCCAGGUUGCCUCUUUCUAGUUGUUCUUCGUAUACAAUAGAUAAAUUAACUCCUCAAGUAAUGGAUGAUUUAUCGAAAAAUAUUGAAAAAGCCAUGUCAUUACACGAGAACUCUGACAGUGAUUAUUCAUCGCAUUCUGACCAUUCAUACUUCGAUACCGGAAGAUCAAGUCAUGAAAGUUUUAAUAUUUUACAAUAUUCACUCUCACUAUUUAAAAUUAUCUUGCUUUUAAAGAGUUUGUGGUCUUCUAAAGAGAUAAAUCUUGUGAAAAUACCGUUCUUAUUUCAAAACAUUGAAACAUACCUGUCCUCAGGCUCCUCCAGUACAACAAAGAAAACGGAUUCAUCUGCUAUGAAUGACAGAGAAAGACUUGGAAAUAUUGCCACUUCCUUUGGGUUCACUAUCAUACCCAUCACGGGUGACGGUAAUUGCUUCUUUAGAGUCGUAGCUUUCCAACUACUUCAGUAUAUAGAGGAACUUUCUCAAAGACUAUGACAAAUAGUUGCUGAGGAAUGGCGAGAAAAUCCACAAGAGUACAUACCGUUCUUUGAAAAUAUAGAUAUACAAUUGGAGUCAGAGAGGUUUAGAACGAGUGGUGAGUUCGCUGGACAGUUAGGUGACGCAUUGCCAUUAGCAAUGACCAACGUCCUGCACAUCCCAAUUCUCAUUUUAACAACCGUUCACAACAUGCCAUUUCUGCCUGUGCUUCCUCGCACCAAUCUUAAUAAUGACUUAGUUAUUUACUUGUCAUACAUUCAAGGUCCUGGACAUUAUGAUGCACUCAUUUCUACUGAUUUGCCUGAUAAUCCAGAAAAUAUGGCAGAAACAAGACGUUUACAGCCACCAGAACGAAAAAAUAAUACAAAAUAA